UUUGGGAACAGCUGGGCAGUAAAUUUGCCUCAAGAGAGACCCUGUCCUGAGGUCGAGAAUUUCCCUGGACCUUGCUCAUCUGAGUCUGAUAUGGAUGAUGCCAUUGAGAAGUGCAGUGCAUUGCUUUUCUUUCCUUUCAUCUCCUGCCAUGAGAACAUUGACCCAAAUCCAUUUGUUGCCAGCUGUGUUUCGGACAUGUGUGUAUCAGAUGAUGAGGAGACAUUUUGUCGGACUCUUGUUGAGUACACCAGGGCCUGUUCUCAUGUGGGAUACCCCGUCAGAGAAUGGAGGGACAGUUUUCCUACAUGCGCGGACGGAUGUGAGGAUAGUUUUGUCCACAGAGACUGUAUCAGCUGCUGCCCACCUACAUGCACGUUCGAGAAGGAGUGUUUAGGCACCAAUCUACACUGUCUGGAUGGAUGCUACUGUCCAGAUGGUCUGAUUUUGCAGAAUGGAACCUGUAUAGCAGUGUCUCAGUCCUGUGUGUACCAUGGCACAGCAUAUCCUCUUGGUCAUGUAUUGGAGCAGGGCUGUACUGUCUGCGUCUGUAUGGGAGGAGUGUGGAACUGCACCGAAAACAAUUGCACUGCGGAAUGCACAGUAAUGGGUGAUGCACAUGACACAUUCGAUGGGCGGAUCUUCAUGCACAUGGGCUCUUGCCAGUAUGUGCUAGUGAAGAGCACGCGGCAGCACAAGUUUACUGUCACACUACAGUACUCAGCCUGUGGAGAGGUAAGAAGAGUCACUCUUGCAUCCACUUCAGUGGCUCUGGUGGUGGACGAAGAUGUCAGCAGGCAGCUCACUCUCACCAGAGAGGGGGAAAUUGUUAUUGGGGCCAGUAUGGCUGUCAAUUUGCCUUACUCCGAUGACAUGGUGAAAGUUCGCCGGCUAACGUCGAUGUUUGUGGGUCUGCGGUCUGUCUUUGGCCUGAGGUUUCAGUAUGAUUGUCAGGGUGGACGAAUCUACCUUCAGCUGGACAGCACCUGGAUGGGCUCAACGAUCGGCCUCUGUGGGACCCUCAACGGAAACCUACGGGAUGAUUUCCUUUCUCCUGCCGGAAUGAUUGAAGGAACUCCACAGCUGCACGUCAACGCCUGGAAAGUGUCUUCUGCAUGCUUAAGCCCUGUCAACAUACCUGUUAUCGACCCCUGUGAAAUGAACCAGCAAAAUGUGUUUUAUGCUGCCCAGUGUGAUGUGCUCAUGGAGGAAGUGUUUGCGCCGUGCCAUGCAUAUGUGAGUCCCAGCAUGUACCACCAGCAGUGCCGCUACCAGGCCUGUCGAUGUGGCAGCGCCUGCCUCUGCACUGCUCUGUCCCACUACGCAUACAUCUGCAACAAACAUCAUGUCACCAUCAACUUCAGAGCACACGUCUCUGAGUGCGGUAUGGUGUGCUUAGGAGGGAUGAUGUAUCACCCGUGCACUUCAACAUGCGGGAGGACGUGUCAGUCAAUCAGCAGUGGUGAAGAGUGUGAUGGCGACUGUGCUGAAGGAUGCAGCUGCACAGAGGGCACAUUCUACGAUCACGCUCGCCAGCGCUGUGUGCUGCUCUCCCAGUGUCACUGUUAUUUCAUGGGUUCAGUGUUUCAGCCUGGUGAAGUGUCCUUCAGCUCUUCUGGACCAUGUCUCUGCAGUAACGGUCGUAUGGAGUGUGUUUCCGAAGAGAGAGAGCCUGAGAGAGGAGAUUGUCCCAGUGGAAAAGUCUACUAUAGCUGCAGGGGUCAGAGUGGGCGUGGACCAUCAGGUGUGGGCGUGGCCUGUGAGCUUACCUGUCGAAACCUGAUGCUGAACCUGACCUGCCCUCCCAUGACCCCAUGUGUACCAGGAUGUGGAUGUCCUGCUGGGCUAGUGGCUCAUAAUGGAGAAUGCUAUUACCCGGAGAACUGUCCCUGUGCAUGGCUCGGUCUAGAGUAUCUCCCCGGAGAGUCAGUGGACACUCCAUGCUACCGCUGUGUGUGUCAUCGGGGCUUCUUUAACUGCACAUAUUCACCGUGUCCAGCUGUGUGUACCAUUUACAGCGAUCGACAUUACCACACAUUUGAUGGCCUGGAGUAUGAUUACGUCAGCGACUGCCAGGUCUACCUGGUCAAGAGUGUUGGUGAUACAGAGGUGACCAUCAUGGCUCAAAAUAAAGAUUGCUAUGAAAGUGGGAUUGUUUGCAUGAAGUACCUGCUCAUCUAUGUUGGCCUCACUAAAAUCUACUUCAGUGAUAACUCUGGUAAACCUAGCUCGUCUACUGUUGUGGGAAGAGGAUAUGAGUUUCAGCUGUGGGUUGCAGGAUACUACACUGUGGUCCACUUUCCUGCUCAAGAUCUGACCAUUUUAUGGGACCGCAAGACCACUCUCCAUAUUCGUGCAGGGCCACAGUGGAAGGGUCAAAUGAGUGGUCUGUGUGGAAACUUUGACAUGGUAACAGUGAAUGACAUGACCACAGCUGGACAUAUGGAGGUCAGUAACGCACAGGUCCUCGGAGACAGCUGGGCUGUUGGACAGUGUGAGAGCGACUUUGUAGUCCGCCGACUGUGUGAAGGAGAUCUCAGUCGGCAGCCGUAUGCGAAGCGGGAGUGCGGCCUUCUCUACAGUGACGUAUUUGCUCCAUGUCACAAUGUGGUGGAUGUGACUUGGUUUUAUAAGAACUGUCUAACGGACACCUGCAACUGCAACCGUGGGGGUGACUGUGAAUGUCUGUGUACUAGCAUUGCAGCAUAUGCACACAAAUGCUGUCAAAAUGGUAUCACGGUGAACUGGAGAUCCCCCACCGUGUGUCCAUAUGACUGUGAAUAUUACAACCAAGAGCUGGGAGAGGGUCCGUUCACUCUGUCCAGUGCAGAGCAGAAUGACUCUGUAUGUGUGUUUGGGGCGAAUGUGAGCAGCGGUGAAGUGUUUCCCCUUCUGAGGACCAAUGCUCAGCCCAGCACCAUUUUCCACUUCAUGAUCACAACUGGACUAUACAAGGACCGAGCUUCCAGACUUCCUGUUGUCUCACUGGAGUCUGCAGAGAGGCCCAACUACUUUCUGUGUGUUACUGGGAACCGUGGGCUACGACUGGAACUCUGGCAGCCUGGGGAAGAGUUCCGACGUAAGGCCACCUUCAUCCACCACCAGGGCCUGUGGUUACCUGGUCGAGCGUCCUUUGAGUUGCACAGUCAGAAGGGUGUCUUCCUCACUCUUUCUCAUACACACGUGCGAGCUCAGAACUACGACCACUCGUAUACCUUCAAAAUCAGCAGCAGCUUUAUCAUUGAGGAGAGCAGUUUUUUGAUCCCCUACCGCUUGAUGUGCGAGUGGAAGUAUCAUGCAUGUGCCAGUCCAUGUGUGAAAACAUGCAACGACCUCGAUGCAACACGCUGCCAGUUUUUACCUCCAGUUGAAGGUUGUUUUCCACGCUGUCCAAAGUCUAUGCUGUUGGACGAAGUGACCAGGCGGUGUGUUUACAAAGAAGACUGUGUGAUACUAUCUCCAACUCCGACUCCUUACAUGUUUGUGACCCGAUCAAACAGAACCACAGCGGCACCAACAUCUGCUCCUAUAACCUCAACUACAACCACUAAAACUCCCUCCACAACAACAGCAACAGCAAGCACCGCUCCGAGCACAACUGCCAGUACUACAAUCAUAACUACACCUUUGGAAGCAGAGGAUUUAAUUGGCAGCCCAACUACACCCACAUUACCACCAACCACACUCUCUUCAACUUUGGCCACCACCACCACCUCCACUGAAACUCCCACCACUCCCUCUCCACCAACCACAGAACCCCCUCCAGUCAGCACCGCCCCGCCCACCACCACAGCCACUACACAGCCCAUAACAACACUUUUUACCACUUUAUCAACCUCAACUACAGAAGUGCCCACCACACCCGAGCCCACCACCGAACCAGAGACGACAUCGCUGACAUCCACCGUCCCACUCGUUACAACCAGCACUGUCAGUACGACCGAGACCACAACGUCAGAACCGACUUCAACAACCAUCACCGCAGAGACAACAUCUGUCUCCACGAUAACCGAGGAGCCCUCAACUACUACAACAGCAGUCCCGACAACCUCUGAGAUAAUGCCUUCUCCCUCCCCUUCACCUGAGACAACAGGAAUAACAACAGUGCUGCCUCCGUUCCUUCUACCCACAGGGCCCUGCACUCCUCCAUAUUCAUUGCGUGUGGACGAGUGCAGUGAGUACAUCUGCUUUAAUGGACAGCUGAUGCUGCAUAAUUCCUCUCAGCACUGCAGAUACAACAUCAGCCAGCCACAGUGCAACCUGCUUGGGACCCCGAUCCAGACCAACACAGACCCCUGCUGCCCACUGUGGCAGUGCCCAUGUCGCUGCUCUAUAAUCGCUGACCUGCGUGUGAUCACGUUUGAUGGGAAUAAUGUGGCUCUGUAUGAUAUCGGUUCUUAUAUUCUGGUCCACCUGCCCAGAGAGAAAAUAGUCGGCCACAUUGAGAAAUGCCCAACCAGUGAGAGUGUGAACUACAUCAGAAGACCUACUCCCUCUGGUGGAACCUCUGGUCUGUGUUUUAAGAAACUGAACAUUACAACUCUAUCCUAUCGAAUUAUGGUCAACCGCUUGGACCGGAAGGUGUCGGUGAAUCAGAUCACGGCCCGGCUUCCUCUCACCAGACAGAACCUCCAUAUUGAUGACACCGGGACCAUGUACAUCAUUAAAACACCUAGUGGGAUCAACAUAAAGUGGUACCACAGCACUGGCAUCAUGGUCAUACAGUACACGGUUCCUGAUAACACCUCCACUAGGGGCCUCUGUGGAUGUUGUGAUGGUAAUCCAGCUGAUGACCUGCGGCUGCCCAACGGUACUGUGGUCUGGGAUGUUGAGGACAUCCCAGUGUUCCUGCACGGAUGGAUGGUGGAUACGUCAGAGGAGACAGAUUACUUCCGCAGAGUGGGAGACAACUGCACCACCGGCAACUGCUCCAAAUGUUUCACCAUGCUCAACCAGAGACCUUUCUCUACAUGUCACCACAAGGUUUCUCCAGAACACUUCUGUGAUAAGAUAUGGGCUGGUGACCUACAUUAUAAAGAGCAUGAGUGUGACUUCCUGGCGGCUUAUGUGGCCAUUUGUUACACGCAUCAGAUCUGCUUCAGCUGGAGGAAAAGCAACUUCUGUCCACUCAAAUGUCCUCCUGGUAAAGACUACAAACCCUGUGUGAAUACAUGCAAGACUCGAACAUGCCAAAACCGAGAUUACUACGAGGAGAGCACCUGUUCUUCUAUCAGAGAGGAGUGUGUGUGUAAAAGCAGCACCAUCCUGCACCGAGCAGACUCUGCCUUCUGUGUCACCGAGGAGCAGUGCGUGUGUACGGAUAACGAUGGUGCUCCACGCGCCCCGGGUGAGGUGUGGAACGGCUCUCUGCGUGGCUGCUGUCUGUUCAAGUGUCUGGAGAACGGUAGUGUGGUUCCUGUGGAACCCGAGUGCAGUUAUGAUCCUGCCCCGCUGUGUGAGAGGGAGGGAGAGUAUGCAGUCGAUGUGCUGGAGGAAGGAGUCUGCUGUCCUAAGAAGAUUUGUGAAUGUAACCUCACCAUCUGUCAGAGUGAAGUGCCCAGCUGUGAGAAUGGAGACAAGCUGGUGAUUGGCUACAGUGCUCUGUCCUGCUGUCCCGAAUACAGAUGUGAAUGUGAUCCGCUGGCAUGCCAGAGUGUUCCUGCCCCGCUCUGCAGAGAAGAUCAAUUCCUGGUGGAGGUCAGAGGGGCACACGCUUGCUGCUACAGCUACAUGUGUGUUUGUGAGUCCUGUAUUGACCCUGUACCUGUGUGUCUGCCUGGAGAGAUACUGGCUGUGGAUGUGAACACCACUAAUCACUGCUGUCCACAUUAUCAUUGUGUGUGUGAUAGGAGUCUGUGUCCUGAGCCCAGUGUGAGCUGUGCUCCUGGAGCUGUACUGGUGAAGAGACCCGCGCCGGACAGCUGCUGCCCAGAGACACACUGCGAAUGUCAGUGUCACAACGUUACACUUCCUGUCUGCACUGUGGGUGAAGUGAGAGAGGAGGAACCAGACGCCGGCGGCCCGUGUGGAUGCCCACUGUAUCACUGCAAGAAGGCAGAAGUCUGUCUGUUUCAGGGCGUGACGAUAUUGAACCCGGGUCAGUCUAUGGUGCAGUACUUUGAGGGGGAGCUGUGUUACACCGUUCAGUGCCUCACACAUAAAGACCCCAGCACCGGGUUCUACGCCAUGGAGGUCACCACUGCCAACUGCUCUGAGAAGUGUGAACCUUAUCAGGUUUAUGUCCCAUCAUCUGAUCCACAUGUGUGCUGUGGCUCCUGCAAAAACAUCUCAUGCUCAUAUCCCAGUGAAAAUGGGACUACAGAAGUAUUUAUGGCAGGAAGCUCAUGGGUGGCUAACUGCACGCGCUUUGACUGUAUGGAGACGGCGGUUGGCGCAGUAGUUCUGGCCUCUGGAGUGGUCUGUCCUCCUUUCAAUGACACAGAAUGUAUUCAGAAUGGAGGCGUAGUUCAGACGUAUGUGGACGGUUGCUGUAAGACAUGUGCUGGACUUGGUUUGUUGCCUUUUUCCGUUAGUCCAGUAACACCCACUGCUAGUACUAACUGUGAUACAGGCAAAGAAGAUGGCAAAACCUGUAAGAGAGUCGCCAUCAGGACCACCAUCAGAAAAGAUGACUGUAGAAGUAAUGCACCUGUGACUGUGUACUCGUGUGAUGGAAAAUGUCCAUCUGCCACCAUCUUCAACUUUAACAUUAACAGUCAUGCACGUUUCUGCAAGUGCUGUCGUGAGAACAGCCUCCAAAACCGUAUCAUUCAGCUGUACUGCACUCGAAACGCCACUACGGUGGACUAUUACUACCAGGAGCCAAUGGACUGCUCCUGCCAGUGGAACUGAUUCCUUGUGGACUGUGUGGAUUAAGUUAAGAUCUCACUGAGAGCACUAGCUUGAUGCAGACAGGCCCAAAUCCAACCGCAUAUCGCUGUAUCUGAUGUGUCUUAAAAUCUAUAAUUUAUCUGCAAAGAACAGUAGGUUAAUCAAACAUUUAUUCAAAUAAGAACAACAAACUGCUGUUAAAUUGGUAUAUUGUUUAGAUUUUAGUAUUAACAUUUGUUAAGUGAUGAAAUGACAUGGGGAAGAGUAUUAUUAGAAUCAAUAUUUAGUAUUUAACAUUUUAAAUACAUUUAUACAUUGUAAAACCAGAUGCUUUGUUUGUGCUUUUCUAACAAAAAAAGUGUUUCUUAUUAAAAAAAAUUAUUACAGAGACAAUAAACAAGCCAGUCUCAAGCCCUGUUCACAUCAUGAUAAAGAUAUCUGUACCAAUAACUAUAUUAGCGUCCACACCAACACAAAUUUCAAUAUUAUGUCAAUUAUUAGCAUGCUUAGCAUUUUUGUCAUCCUCCAUAUAAAUGCUAAAGCUCAUCAAAACAGCAUGGAGUCUGACUGGAUGUCAAUGUUUUUAUCGUUCAUCAUUCUGCAAAACUUUAUCGUUAGACAUUGUCUUUUGUGUAAACAGGCCUUUGGCAUUUGAUAUUUAAAGAGAAAUCUCACCGUUGCUUGACAGGCGCAUAUUCACACUUGUUGAUGUCCAUCUGUAUAAAAACAUGACGUGAUGAACUUGAAUUUCCAUACAAUAGCCAUAAUGCCAAACAUAUGAUUUCUGCUGCAAGUGAACUGAAUUGUAUAAGCAUAGCAUAUAGUAAACUACCUAUAAACCUGCAUGUUAUUGUCACAGUUUUUUAAAUAAUA